AUGGAGAGAUCCAAUUCCAACCUUAACAUCCCCACCGGACCUCGCUUCGAUCUAUCUCGAGAUCCUCGCCGUACCCCCCAGAAUAAAACUCCAGAUGUACAGGGAACUGUAGCCAUUCUUAACCAACUUACUGCAGAAAUAACUGAGCUCACCCAUAUCAAUCUUGCAAGGAAGCGUAUUAUAAAAAGACGUCAAGCAGAAGAACAGAGCCUCAAGAUAGCCUACGAAAGAGCAUUUACCUAUCCAUCUUAUAUACAGGGAUUGAAGUUAGCCCGGGAAGAGAGUGACAAAGAGCUGAAAAUGCUUAAUGAACUGGUUAAUACCCACAACACAAAUAAAGAGAAGAUAAUUCUUUCUCUAGCACAUGCGAUCCAUUCAGCUCCAAAUCAAGAGGCACACUCAGACCAUGUGGUAGGCAAGCUAGAGCGGGAGCAGGAUGAUCUGUGGCAUCAAAGUGAUAAAUAUAGAUCAAGUAUCGCGGGCUUGUCUUCACGCGUUAAUGAUAUCUGUCAAAGGCUUGAUACUCUUAGGGAUGACGUUGACUCUCUAUCAAAGAUGAUAAAGCGGAACAAUACAGAUACCCCUCCAGUCAAUAAGCCCCAGAUAAACAAAGAUGAUGUUGACUUGAGAUUCUCAGAACUUUCAUCUGAUUUUGAAGCUUUGAAAUCCACCUACGAAAGUGCAAACAAAAAUAGGGACGACAUUCUGCAAUCUAUAGACAAGCGGGUCAAGGAUACGAUGACAAGCCUGGCUACAACCAAGGCUGCUCAAUUAAAUAACGCCAGACAGUCUGAAGAACGUCUGCAGUCUGCUCUAAGGCCUCUCUCGGAGCAGACAAGUGCAUUAAAAAGUACAAUGGCUGCAAGCGCACAAAAAAUUGACAAAAUUGAAUCGCAGUUGUCUAACCUGGAGAGCACCAUGGAUAGCACGGUCAAGGAGAUGAUACCAUCUCUCCAAACCCAGGUCGACGAAAGUACUAAAGCUAUUCAGCUACAUAUUGAACGGCCAUCAGAAUCUUCAAAAACGCCUUCACAAUUACCCCCCGACAAAACCCAAGAGAACCUCAAAGAAGAUUUACGCCUCUUAUCGCAACAACUUAACAACUUUCAAAAGGCUCACGAGGGCAAACUAGAAACACUGUCAAAAGCUGUGGAUGAUGCUAACCAGGAAGUGUCUCGUACCAAAGGCGUUGAUUUUCAGUCCAUAGAGCAGAAAUACACCCAGCUACAUAAUCAAUUAGCUGGGCAUGUAAACGCACUUUAUGGCCACCUAACUGGUACUCAUACAGCUCUUAACUCCUUGGAAACUCGAUAUGGCCAACUCGUCACCGAACCAGUUAUCCGCCAAAUAGUAUUACGCAUGCAAGAGAUGUAUCCUUAUGCAAGCAAGGCUCAAGCAGAAAUUGAAUGCCUAAUCAACGCUGCGAAUGACCACCUUGCACACAUUACUUCCCAGGGAACUAGGAUCACUUCUUUAGAAGAAGGACUAGCAAAAUUAAAGAAAGCCGAUGAAUCUCUCAUCACAUUUCUGCGUUCCGAAAGGGCCGAAAUAACUGGAAGAGUGGAUGCAGUUCAGGCAAAGAUAAACGAGUUAGAAAACAGCACUGUCGACACUUUUGCCAACCUUACUGCGGACGUAAAACUCACUACUGAGAAGAUCGAGGAGAUAAAGCCCCAGUUUCAAACCACGAGUAAUGGCGGUCCUUCAGCUCAAAUACUUAGCGAAAUGAGUGUUAGCUCCAUACCCUCCGAUUCUCAGCCAGCAUCUCAGUCAAGCACAGAACAGCAUCGUAAUAAGAAGAGAAAACUGGACGAAGAGACACCAAAGCAAUAA